AUGAACGUUCAGUACGUCCCCGUGUGCGCUUUGAUGAAGCCGGAGCGUUUCGAUUGGUUGGCGAGAAGUGCAAGGCGUGAGUGCGUUGAACCAGAAAUACCAGAUGCAUCAUUGACCAUAUGUCGUUACCCUACCGAUCACAUUAACUUGGGGGUGCACAUAUCUGGCGUGGAGUUGCAAGCCGUCAAGAUAGCCACUGAGUCGAAACUGCAGCUGUGCGGGGGCUGGAGUGGGCAGGCUAGCUACGCGCUGGAUGGAUGCGUGGACGCUGGCCUGCUCAGACCACCGCCGCAGCCGCACUCCAGUCAACUUGGUACUGUUUAUGCCACAAAAAGAAGAAGAAGGAAUGGAAAAAGAGAACUACAGAUGUGGUAUCCAAUGUACCCUUGA